AGCGAGAAUUUUUAUCGUGUUGGAGGACAAACAAAGUGGAAGAGUUGAACGAAAGUUCUUGCAGAGGACUCCGGCAGAUGAAUGCGCGAGAAAGUCGGAGCGGUUUUUUUUUGACAAACUCGCAAAACAGGAUGAGUUGAGCGUACUUAUUAAGCAUACUUACUGGCCGCGUUUCGCUAAGCUUACCGGUACUAAGACACCAUUUUUAUUGAGAGCGAGACGCGGACACUCAGGGGAAGAAUUUCGUGUUUCUUUCGCGUGUGUCCUUAUGCGCGACGAUUUUCGCCGAAAAAAGUGGAGUUCUGCAGCUGCAAAUAACCGCCAACUCUCGACGUCCGCAGAUAUCAAGGAGUAGACCUGCGAGCAGUCGUGCAUCUUUUUUUAACUCCGCCUGGUGAGUGGCCGCUGCGGUCUCGUUAUUGUGAACUUGUUUUUGCGCAGCCGCUACUUACUCCAAGGACCACCAGGACUUCCACUUCGUGCUGUUGAGUGGUUUUUUUCACAACCAUACAUGAAUUGACGUCGCCCCUCUUUCAUCCUGCUCCUCCUGGCUGAGACCGCAUUCAUUGCACAGCAAAGAAUCUACUUUGCGGCGCUUCCGAUUCCACAGUGGAGACCGGUGUGCUGCCUCGUCGCCUAGGUGCAUCUUCUUUCGCAGCGAAGUACUAGCAUCUUGUACGCAGCUGCACGCCUUGAUGCCAGCGUCCUGCUGCACCGUUGGGUAGUGGAGCUGUAGUACUUCUUCUUCUCAGUACGGCACAUAGUACGCAAGCGAACCAGGUGGACCACGUACUGUCUCAGCGGCCUGUUGCACUUCACGCUUCGAAGGAAACUCGCUCUGGGUCGUCCCGGUGCUGGUGCGCGGCUUCUACGAGAGGUCAAUCGGAGCACUGCCGGUCGUCGUAGUUCCUGGUGGCAGGAGUAGUAAGUACCUGCAGUCCUCUGGAGUGCAAGAAGAACCUGCUCGACGCGGCGACUCGAGGAUAUCGCGUGUUGUAGUCAUCAACGACCGGCCAACAUGCAGACGAAAAGGACCUCCAAGGCUUGAUGUCAGCACGACGAAUGAAGGGAAGGAGCAAAUCACCUCCUAGUGAUGAACGUUCCACUACUGCGAAGCAGGGACGAGCAACGACUACCUUGUGACCUUCUCGACCACCGGGACGAGGUUGCUGCGAGCAGACAGUUUUGCUUCAGGCCGCGCCGGCGUCGCUACGUAAGGUGAAGACCCUGCUCGUAGAAGAGUGGUGACCACAAUCCGUUCGCUGUGACGUCGUGGUCCCAUCCCCGCGGUUCUUGUGGUUCUUGAGAGAGCUAGCUAAUAGAUACUUCUCACGACUGCUGGUGUACUUCAAUUGCAGCCGUCGCUUUCGUCUUCGUCUUUGCCUUUUAUCUCCUGUGCUCGCCGCGCGACGUGGUCAACACAACAAGAUGCAGCGCUACAAGGUGUCCAAGAUGCUGGGGGACGGCACUAUCCCCUGCUCAGGUGUUACAAUCUCAAAUCGGUUACAAUGAAAUAUGGAAAUCUGUGAUGCAAGAGGUGCAUUAAUAUCUCUCUGGCCAACUCUCAUAGGAUUCGGAUUGCGCAUGACAAGUUCCGGAGUCGUCCCAAACCGCACUACAGUCUGGCGAAAUUUCUAUUGCAGAAAGUGGAAUGCUGUCCGAGUCUGUCAUGCUCCACCUCAUGCAAUACAAAAUCCAGAUUCUAUUGUAGCGCUUGAGAUUGUGAUGUUUGAGAACGUCAUAGGCACCUUCGGUUGCGUGAUGAAGGCCCGGAACAUAUUCUGAGUAAAAACAUCCUCACCCCAGAGUUGUCAUGCAAAUCUAAAUGCCAAAAAAGUUUCUCAUGCGGAGCGCCAUGAGAGGCAUUUUCUAGUCGUGUUUUGGAAUUUGUGAUGCUAUAGUCAGCAUGAUGUACUAGAUGUGUGAUGCUUCUGAACUAGCUAAACAGGAUCACACUACGUCGAGGACAAACUUGUCAUGCCAAACAACGAAUAAAGCUGGCUGAUUUCUCUAGCAGAUUUCCCAUCUUGACUCUGGUAUGGGGAAGUUUUUAAUCAGGAUAGAACAAGCAGAGCAAUGAGCAGGUGGCCAUCAAGAAGAUGAAGAAGAAAUUAUCAUUUGUAAAAACAUCCCCACCCCAGAGUUGUGAUGCAGAUUUGCAAUGACAGGAACAUUUGUAAUGCGCAUCCCGAUGAGAGGCGUUUCUAGUCGUGUUUUGGAAUUUGUAAUGCUGUAACCAGGAUAAGCAGAUGGAUUUGUGAUGCCUUUGUCCUUGCUAACCUGCACUACACUACGGGCUGCAACUUGUGAUGCGUGAGUCCCACAACUUCUAGGUUUGUGUUGCAAAAUCCCCAGGCUGACUCUGGUGUGGGGACGUUUUUACUCAGGAUAGAAAUUUUACUCCUGGGACGAGUGCAUGAGCCUGCGGGAGAUAAAAUCGCUCAGGAAAUUGGUGCACCCAGGGAUUGUGAAGCUGAAAGAGGUACGAGAUAUUUUUAGUGCUGAAACGUAUGUUAAGAAAAAGCAAGAAAAAUUGACGUGACCUCGCGACAGAAGUGCGAACGAGAUUGAGGACUUGAUGAAGACUCUGGUCGUCGUGGGCUUCCUUAGUAUUACCCGCGAAGCUGUAGGUUCGAUCUGCAUAAGGCAACAUGGAAGUUCUCAAAUGAAGUAUGAACAUAAUGGGUUCUUUGUUUCACCUCCUGAUGGGACGCAUGAUCUAUCUUCAUCUUGAAAUUUUCAAAUGUAAGGUAAUCCGGGAGAAUGACGAAUUGCACCUAGUUAUGCUGCGUAAACACGUACCCGCGCUAGAUUUUCCGUGCAGAUUUGCAAGGCCAAAACGUCGGUUCUCAAAGGGGGGUUACCAUGAUAGGAUUUUUCUACGUCAUGAUCGCAGGCGCGUUUGGAAAUUUGGAACGCUUUAAGCAUAGCAAGGAUCAUGAGUAACAACACCAUUUGUCAUGCGCCUUUGAAACUGUAGCUACACACGACGACGCUAUAGACCCAAAGAACUUCUGGAUUUGUCUACAGCAGAUUCCACACCGACUUCUACUUGACUACGUGCGAGGGUACGGUUUUACACAGGAUGCAGGUUUUUGAGUUCAUGGAGCACAACCUCUACCAAAUGAUGAAGGACAAGGUGAAGGGGUUUAAGGAAAGCCUGAUCCGAUUAUGCAUUGCAAAGCAUAAGUGUGAGUCUCGUCCGGGGUACUGAUCCAGCAAAUUUCUGAUGCUGAAGCUGAUUCGUUGUAGUGAGGUUCAUGAUACGACGAGACGAGUCUGCGCUGCACAAGGGGCAAACGCUGCCCAUUGCUAGACAGGGGACGAUUCUUCGUCAGACAGGAUAUUAUUAGCAUUUUUCAAACAAGCACUCGCAAAGAAACCUGCGUUUAAUAAUUUGCUAGUGAGUCCAUGCAUUCCAGGUCUCGUGAGCAGUGUAACAGACCACGACAAUUUCACGACUGACAGAUAGAGAUACUCUUUGCAGGAGCGCUGUACAAGUAGCGCUGUUCCAGACCCGCGAGACACAUUAUUUGCAGUGGAUAUCGAAACCUUAUGUACCAAACACUCGGCGCCCUCAGCUACAUACACAAGCAUGGGUAGACAAUUUUUGUUUAAAGAUACGGUCGUAGGAUUACUGAUAGUCGUUGUGGCUUUGUAAUUUCCUUGUCAUGCUGGUGCUGCAUGAAACUAAAAGUACUUGUACGCUUUUGCUUCAAGAACGGAACAACAAAAAAAAGAGCAUCAGUGCCAGGACCACGCGUAGCUGUGUCCGUCUUCGUAAAAAAGUGGUUGUUAUUCGUGGGCGAUGUGCCUCGUCAGUAUGCUGAAAUUAUUGGUGCGUUCUUUACUGCUCACUACAUAAAAUCCAAAAAUCCGAAAUAAAGGUAUUUCCAUCGCGAUUUGAAGCCCGAGAAUUUGCUGGUUACCGGAGAGACGGUGAAGCUCGCGGAUUUUGGGCUGGCGAGGGAAAUACGAUCAAGACCACCGUUCACGGACUAUGUGUCGACUAGGUAAAAGGAUUUUUGUUGGCAUACAAUUGUUGUUCUGGAAGAUUGGUCGUGAAGAUCGGCGUUUGUGCACGAGGAAUGAACAGCAUGCUCCAUUGACAUCCAUUUUUCUACUAUUUCUUCUUCGCACGAAAAGCAAAACCCUAUCGAGGGUUGAUGGAAAUAAGUACACUAUAAAUUCCAAAGAAAAUAAUUGGAUUGAUUACUCCUUGUCAGGUGGUACCGCGCCCCAGAGGUGCUCCUGCGGUCACAAACCUACAACAGUCCGAUAGAUUUGUACGCGUGCGGGGGUAUCAUGGCCGAGCUCUACAUGCUGCGGCCACUGUACGAGGGUGUGGAAUUCCUUCGCCUUCUCAUUUGUGCGGCCUCAGCAGAAGGAUCAUAUCAACAAGAACAGAAAUGUAGUUUCUGCAUGACAAGCACAAAGCGCGCAAAAGUGACGUUCCGCAGUGGCAGGUGCAAUAGCGUGUCAUGCAGGCCAGGCGUCGUACAAGGCAAAGAUCGGGAUUGCAAUGCUGUACGACAUCAAAUGAGGGGAAAGGGAGCUCUUGUGCACUCUCAUACGCUGCUGCCCGGCUCCUCCGAGUCCGAUCAACUCUACAAAAUUUGCAGGUAAAUUAUAUGAAGGAAUCUCAAGUCAAAGUCUUUGACAUUCAUCGAAUGUGAUCUUCUGCUGCAAGCAUCAAAAAUCGCUCCCUCUAAUUUUUUGCUGAAAAGCUGCAAGAAGGAGGACCACGUAGAAACUAUGCCACGGCUGACGACGAUCUUCUGAUUUAAGUACCAUUUUUUGUUGACUUGAGCGGGGUAAGUAGAAGUUUUCGCAGCACUCUGUACAAUAGACAUUCGCCGCCCAUUCUUCAAACAGCGUGAUGGGUACUCCCCGGCAGACGGACUGGCCGGAAGGCUGGCAGCUGAGCAGCAAGAUCGGGUUCCGGUUUCCGCAGUUUGUGCCCACGCCGCUCGAAACCCUAAUACCGAAUGCCUCGCCAGAUGCCAUCCAGCUGUUGCAGCAAAUGCUCUAUGAAUUACAAAAGUUGUAUCGUAGUAGUACAACAAUAACAAAUUGUUGUGUAUGCGAAAUUUUGUGUUGUUUGCUCAACGGACGAUCAGUGAAAUCUGUUAUGCUGAGUCAAUGUUUUAGUUUUUAAGAUAGAAGGACGCCAGCAGUCCCGGUUCUGUCACGCUGUACUACAGCAAUUGGUACCGCUGCGAUUCUACUUUUGCAGCGCAUACGCUCCAGUGGAACCCGGCUCGGCGCGUCACGUCCACGCAAACUCUCCAGCACCCGUACUUCACAGCCAACCCCCAGGAUUUGAAACCGCCCACGCAGCAGGUAUCAUGUGCAAAAAUGUCUGGGUCUGGAAGCAUGCAACUUGUGAUGCUACAUUUGGACUCCAAAAAAGUCUGCAUUGCAUGAGCAGCAAAGGGAGUGUCAUUUUUGCUACGCGGUAGUAGGGGUACUUGUCAUGCGGAAUAGGCAUCAAAAAGCCCUCAAAAAAUCUGUGAUGCUAGGGCAUGCAUCACAGACAUCAGGGCUCAUGCAAAACGUGCAUGACGAGGCUCAGAAUCUUCCAGACCCAGACACUUUUGCAUUUCAUAGCAGGCAAGUGGUCACAAUACGGCUGCCUCCAACACCAUGAAUCCCAUGCUCGGGAACGCCAACCAGUUUCAAAACCCGCAGCAGUUCUAUCCAAGAAGAAUGAAAAAUAAAUUGCUUCUCUGAGAGUGUGAAACACCGCGUGCGGACUCAUGAUGCAUUGAGUGUGCCUGUAAGACGCAGGUUUUUUUUUCUGUUACAAUGCAAGAAAGUGAAAGUCAUAGUCAAAGGAAAGUAGUAGCCGCAUGUAUGUAUUAAGACGCAAAGUUUUUGAAAAUAGCUGCGUUCUUGUUUCUCUAUGAAACAGCACCUUACGCAGUGGAUACUGAUUGAUAGUUUUUUGGUCAUGCCGUGUGACUACAAACUCAAAUGCGCGGCGCAGAUCCUGAUCCUACAAGUAAAAAAAUAAUAAUCACAGUGAAGAGACGUUUUAUUUUUCGUGUGAUAGGUUCGCACACAAUUUGAAUCACCCGCCAGCCCCGCCAGACGGGAAUAAUAUGGGAGGGUACGGAGCAGGGGGAAACGCAAAUAUGAACGUGCUCAACCGCCAUCAGCCGCCGAGCGUGCCAAGUAGUAACGUAUGCAUUGCAAAACCCAAAGGAUCGUACUCGGAGUAAUUAUCGUAGGCAUGAUGCAUUACAAAUUCCACAACAUAAGUCAGCACUUUGUAUGCUGAGGAAAAUUAUUGUCAUGCAAAUUAUACGAGCCCGAUGCUUUUGGUUUGCAAUGCAUAGAAGAACGCGAACAACGAAAAUGCCAAUCUGCCCGCGCUGUCGGGCACGCCAAGACUAGGAGGCGGCGGUCACCAGGGGAACUACAGCCCCUAUCGCAAGGAAAAAUCCCCCCUCCCCAUAUUGAAGAGGUAGGUUUUCGAAAAUGUGUGUUGCUGAUUUGAGGUCACAAAUCACGUUUGUGUUGCAAGAAGACAAGGGCAGCAGCUUCCGUCCCAUUAUGGAGGCGGUUUGUCAUGCUGUUGAGCCAACAUCACGGACGCUUCUCAUGCUAAGCGCCUAAGUCAAAGCAUCUCUGCUCAGGCUUGAUAUGGGUCUGCAGUCCUCUCUAGCAAGACAGACGUGGCUUGUGCACUCAAAUACAGCAACACAAAUCCCGCUUUCGAUAUGGGGAGGGGGGAUUUUUCCCCACAAUAGCCCCCCACUCGGCGGCGGCACCACGACUAUCCUGAGUAAAAACGUACUCACACCAGAGUUGUAGUGCAGAUUUGCAAAGACAGGCAGACUUGUAACGCGCAUCCCCAUGAGAGCCAUUUCCAAUCGUGCUUUGGGAUUUGUGAUGCUGUGAACAGGAUGAGCAGAUGGAUUUCUGAUGCAGCUGGCCUUGCGAACCUGCAUUACACUACGGACUGCAACUUGUCAUGCGUGACUCCCAAAACUCCUAGGUUUCUGCUGCAAAAUCCCCAUCCUGACUCUGGUGUGGGUACGUUUUUACUCAGGAUAACGACCGGGGGCGGUUCAAGCAGCAGUAUGAAUCCGCACCUGAAGCCGGCCUCCGCGAGGAGAAGGCCCCAGCAGCAGCAGCAGGGCACGACGAACAAGAAUGCAGCUGCCCCUUCUUCAAACGCGGCGAAGCCCUACUACACCUCCACCCCUUCUGACACGACGCCCGGGCAGGUGUUUGGCGGACCGCAUAGCGUCGGCGGGGGGCCCGGAGGAAUGAAGCCGCCCAACAGCAGCAGCUCCGGGUAUCACUGGUGGAGAAGAAAAGCGCUUCACUGUUCGUUCGUGGAAAUCAACCUGUAUUGAUAGAUUAUGCAUUGAGACCUGCAGCAAAGAUAAAGAUGUCUACAACCUGGUCUCGCGGCUAGUAAAGAAAAAGAUGCAAGAGAGACGAGGACGACCAUUGGUGAGUACAAGCACGCAACAUUUUAGGAGAUUUUCUUUCUCAGAAAGCAAUCUGUUUGCGGUUGCGAUCUUCGUGUUACAGGACUAGGACAGUGAAGAGCAAUCCCUUUUUUCGUCCGAUACGGGGGACUCGGACAAUAUCCUGGGUAAAAACAUCCCCACCCCAUAGUCAAGAUGGGGGAUUUUGCAACACAAACCUAGAAGUUUUGGGACUCAUGCAUCACAAGUUGCCGUCCGUAGUGUAGUGCAGGUUAGCAAGGGCAAACGCAUCACAAAUCCGUCUGCUGAUCCUGGUUACAGCAUUACAAAUACCACAACACGACUAGAAAUUCCUCUCAUGGUGAUGCGCAUCGCAAAUGUUCCUGUCGGUGCAAAUCUGCAUGACAACUCUGGGGUGCGGACGUUUUUACAAAGGAUAGACAACAAUCUGUUUUCCCCCUUGCUGAAUGCUUCUACCACCUCGAACGGCGGCCCCGGAGGAGGACCCGGAGGACCGCAAAAUCCGCACCCGAUCAUGUCGACGACCAAACGGAGCAAUCCGUUGUCCGCAAAGUCGCGCGGGUCCGGGCACGGGCGGUCCACGAACACGAGCCAGUUUGGGGUGUCGACCAAUUCCCAGGGCUUCAACGCGGCGGGGGGCCAGCAGGCAAACAACCCGGCGUCCUCGUUGCACAACACGCAGAACAGCUCGCUUUUCGACCAACUGCUGGACGACAUCCAGAACGACGCCAACAACGGGCCCUCAACCCGGAAGUCCACGGGCUCCGGGAAAGGCGGCCGGCGGUAUCUGAACGUGAGCCGGUACCACCCCGGCGUGCAGCUAGUAUCAACUGCAAAAAUGUCUGGGUCUGGGAGGGUGGAAUUUGUGAUGCGCCCUGUGGGUCACACAAAAAUCUGCGUUGCGUGAUCACCAAAAGUUGUCCUUUUUUGACCAACAUGACCGGGAAUUUCUCAUACUUACAGGAUAGGCAUGAUAGAGACCUUGCAGAAUCUGUCAUGCUGGGUCCUGCAUUCCAGACCUCGCGGGGCAUGGGAAAUAUGCAUGACAAGUCUGCAAUCUUCCAGACCCACACAUUUUUGCAUUUGAUAGCUAGUCCCCCUGCACAAGACGGUUGGUGGGCUGGACACCGCCGGCGUGCGGAAGCCCUAUUCUGAGGAAAAAUCCCCCCUCCCCAUAUCGAAAAGGUAUGUUUCCGGAAAUUUGCGUUGCUGAUUUGAGGUCACAAAUCGCGUCUGUCUUGCAAGAACACAGAUGCAGAGGCUUCCGCACCAUUAUGAAAGCGAUUUGGCAUGCUGUUGCGCCUAGGGGGCACCCGUUUGCAAUGCUAAGCAACUAGACCUAUACGCCCCUACCUAGGCCGAGGAUCUGGCUGCGAUGCCUUACUGCGAGACAAAUCCGAUUUGUGUACCCAAAUCCUGCAUCACAGAUUUCCAUUUCGAUAUGGGGAGGGGGGAUUUUUCCUUUUGAUAAGCCCAAGGCGGUGACGCCGGUACAGAACACCUACAACCCGCACAGCUCGUUGCAAGGCGGCAUCGGCGGCGGGGCCUUCGGGUCAAACACGAACGUGGACCACAGUAACGCGGCACUGUUGAACCGGGGAGGCGUUGGCGGCCCGUACGGAACAAACGCCAGUCAUGUUAACGCAGCCACCUCCACGACCGGAGGAGCAGGGGCGUACAAUAAUCCGGGUGGAGGAUAUGGGGCAGGUGGUGGAUCGUACAGCAGCAGCAUCGGCGGUAUGAACUCCGGGAGUGGCGGCCCGAACGCCCUGAAAACGUCGUUUUACAAUAAUGGCGGAAACCACACGGUAAUCGGAACGACGACGCCGCACUACUCCUCUUCGGCACUAUCAAAUGCAAGUAUGUCUGGAUCCGGAAAGUUGUGAUGCUAAUGUUCGAAUGUGAAUGACAAUGAUGCGCAGAUGACAAGUUUCUGGUCGACUAUGUCUAGCGUUAUCCGCAUGACAAAGUGCCUUGUUGCGUGACAAACAAGUGGCGCUGUCGCGCAACAAGCAUGAUAGACUUUUCUGUCUUGUCGCCCAAACAUGACAAACUUGAAAUCUUCCAGACCCAGACAUAUUCGCAGUGGAUAGGCAUCAGGAAUGAACAGCUAUCCCAUGAAUGCCCCAAACGGAAGCGGCGAUGCUUAUCGAACGAAAAAACAGUUUCGACACUACUUAAAAACUCACUGUCUUGCGUGUGUAGCGUUCUAUGUUUCAUUCCAUGCAUCACAAGUUCACAGACACAGCGAAACCGAGUUUUUUCUUGCGAUCAUGCUCCGAGCAGCUUCAACCCCUACGGAGGCGGAGCAGGCGGGAUGACCGGCAGUCACCUUGGCAACGAUACCGCUGGAAAAAAUACUGUUUCACUGUGACGGUCCGCAACAGCGCAAUGAUUCGUUCGACCACGACACGAUAAGUACCGAAAAUCUGUCAUGCGUGUCGGCCCCCACAACCACAAGUGCAGGAUCAUCGGAGGAGUGACAGAGCAAAUCUGUCUCGCAUGAUGUAGUGAGGUCCCGAACGUUGCUCUAUAUUGGCGGUUUUUUGACACCUCUUAGUUAUGCUUAUGCAACACGGCAAGAAGGCAAGCACGAUAGUCGUCACGGCACUUUUGCAAUGGAAAUUGUCCACGGUGAAGCGGGUUUUUUCCCGGUAUAGCCCAACCAGAUUCUCUUUCCGGGUUCGUCGGCGGAGGUGGAGCCAAUCUAUCCAGUCGUGCAGCACGUCUGGGUCUGGGAAGUUGUGAUGCUGCAAAUGUCUAUUGAGAGGAAGCGAAGCAGCUGGUCGCGAAGAUACAGUGCCAGCAGGGGAUGACAGGUUCCCGACGUGUGACUAAGUAGGACUUCUGCCGUCUUUCGAUAGAACAGAGCGCGUCCGUUUUGCAUGACACGCAAAUGGCUUGGUAAGUAUCGCAAUACGCACGACAGCUGCUUAACGCCUGAUGUCAGCCAGGCAUGCCAAAAAUAUCUCGCUAUCUUCCAGGAGACGCAGACGCAUUUGUCGAUGAUAAAAUCGAGGCGGGAACCAUAUGCCGGGUGGUGGCAACAUGAACAGAAACAACCCGCAACCGCAGCACAAAUUCAUGGCCUCGAACAACAUGCUAUGAGAGUGCACAAACCCCCCUCCAUUUGAUAGAUUUGAAGGGAAAAAACAGCAAGAGGAGCGAACACCAGCGCACAUGGAGCAUCGGCCUGAGAAGUCAGUUGUAGUACUGUUUGGAGGGCUUCCGGAAUGUGUCAGGCAAACAGUGCCAAAAGGCAACAACUAGAUUUGCCGUUUUGCCCAAACAAAUAAGUAAUCAGCGGGAGGGAAGGUUGGGCGCUCUCAUAUACGCCCGGGACCAUGAUGCCAGGAGGAGCGGCAGGGCAUAACGUAAUGGGACCAGGAGCUGCCUCGAACAUUGGCGGGCCCGCGUCCAAGAGGUCAGGGAUUGUGGGCGGAAAUGCAGGCAGCACCAACAUGCCCGGCAUGCUCGACAAGCGGGGACCAAGCAACUUCGGGGCGCACGCGCGGAGCAUGUUUGGGUAAAUGAGAAGUUUUUCAAAAAGAAAAUUUGCACAGACCCACUAAGAAUAAUAGGGGAUUUGAACAAACAGCACAAGACUUUCUCGAGAAAGACAACAAACAUCUCUCGCCAUAUUUCGUCACAUCCUGUAAUUUAUGUGGUUCAAUAUAUGAAUUAGAAUUAUAAAAUAGUGUUAUCUUUUUUUUUCAUGACGAGCUGUAUUCUCGCAAUUCUCAAUAAAACAAAGCAGAGCUAAAGUUACAAAGCAACAUUCAGCAACUAAGGCACGAACGGGACACUCAGUAAGAGUAGCGUUGAACCCGAAUCAAAAUCACUGAGCAAGAGCCGGAGCUAGGGUAGUUAUCAGAGUCUUUUUCGUCGCGCAAGUUGAAUCGCAGACUAUCUACUCAUCUGAAGACGAGUUGUUUUUGAAAGGAAAAUACUAAAACUGAAUGGAUGAUGCAGCGUCUGUGCCAGCGAGUGCGAGCUGCAGUGAAAGCAAAGUAUUUUCAGGAAACAGCACAAAGUAUUAGUUACUCAGUUUGUCCCUUGGUAUGAAGCUUCAGCUUCUUCAGAAAGUAUUUGAUUAUAGCACAGUUUGAGUUUCACAAUUUGAAUUUGUCUUGAACGAAAAUUUGAACAGGCUACUGCCAGUUAUGGGUCGGCAAGUACAUCCUUGAGUAUUGCUUUCAUCGCGUGGUUGGUCGUGCCUUCAAGUUUUCACAUGUUGGCUUCGCUUAACGAGUGUAUCCCAGACCCACACUUGCACUGGUGAAGAAGUUGUUUAGGGACAAGAUCGUCACAUGCUAUGUAUACUAUAGCUAUACUUUCAUGCUUAAAACUACUUAAAGAAAAGACUCUCUGUUUUCGUGACCGGAAGAUGAAGGUAGGUAGGUAGUUGCUUGCGUCGGGAUUUUGUAGGUAGUUGAUUGGAUCAACAGUUCUUUGCCGUGUAAAAUGAAGAACGGAGGUUCCUUCCCUAGAAGGCUUUUAUGAGUUAUAUAUUUAUUGAGAAGCACAAGAAUUAUGUAGAAAGCCAAAGCGUUUUUUUUAGUGCAUAUUAUCUCUCGCUUGCAAGACAGGAGCACAGGUCCUUACCACCUGGAGUGGGAAGAUCUUCGUGCGCAUAUAGAAUUAUUACCCUAUCGAUCACUUGAUGAACGACAAAACUCAGUUUGGUGAAGGAUCCCGCUGCGUAUGCAAUAUAAAUUUCCCGUGCCAUGCAUCGCAGAUUUUUCCAACUUAGAGCAAUCUUCCAUUUGUUUGAGAACGGAUACUACCCCUUUUUCAAAUCAAAACACAUUAGGACCCGGGGGGACAGGAAGAGCCCCCCGGUAGCGCUAGUCUCACAUGGGUGCACACAUAAGGACGUUGACGAAGAAACACACACACACACACACACACGUCGGUCAAAAAACAGAAACAAUAUGCGUCCAGCACAAACUGCCCUGACUCGCUCACCGGAUGGAUGCGCCGCCGAGGUCCGUCGCUGCAGUAGCUUAAAAAAUAUAUAGAAAGAAAAAUAUAGAAAUAGUAGCGGCAAAGCUAUGUGUAGCGCUUUCCUGGUAGAACAGCCGCGCCACGCCGCUGAGCGGGAGACGGCCUGUCCGGUGAGUGAGUGCCCCGUCAACUGCUCGCCGGGGCGCUGCGUGGAAGGGCAGCGCCGCCGCAUGUCGAGCCGGGGAACUAGUUUGCUUUCGAUUGCCUUUUAUUUUUUAAGUUCCCCGUCAUCUCAAAUCCCCCUUAACUUGCCGCCUUACUCUUCACGGACAUGGGGGAUGACAUCAGCGCGUAGAACGGUUCGAACCAGACUCGGGCUACAAGGCCACAGGUAAACUAUCCCAGUGUCUUCCGGCCGGCCUUGACGCAAACUGACUACUAAAAACCUCGCGGUAGCUGGGGGGCGUUCUAGUCUUCGGUCUAGAUCGUCGUCCUCUACCAGGCUUGUACUACCUGAAAGGAGAACUUCGGCUAGGGCAACAAGAUAACACCAAGCAGCAUCCGCACGCAGCAUCCGACCCGAGAGUAGUCAGCCGGGCCAUUUCUGAAGGCGCUGCGAGGUGGGCGGAGAGGCAUCACGCUAGCAGUUGGACGGGAGCAAGGCCAGCGUUCUUCUGUGUGAUGUUCGUCGUAUACUGUCCUGCCUAGUUCACCUAUGCAGGUUAUCUCUCUCUCUCUCUAUUUGAUUAUAGCACAAGGCAACUCCUCCCGCUCUAGUCGUUGUCAGCCAGAGUUUCGCGUGUUUGAGAAUUCUGAACGAGUGAAAAUUGGAAAUGAGAGACCUUAUGAAGAUGUAGAAAAUGAUGCAUUGAUAUUGAAACCUUAUGUGGAUGUAGAAAAUGAGAGUGGUGUAGGUGUUUUUGGACGUUUUUCUAAAUGCGUGUCGGAUUAGAAUGGGCCCCAAUCUUUUUCUGGAGAUGCGCCAGAAGGAAUAAAAACUUUUGACAGUCACAAACUUCUUGAUUCACGAAGAACCGUAGCGGAGUGA